UAUGGUGGAUAGCCCGGCAGAACCGAUUGUAGCAGAACUACCGGGUUCUCGCUCGAAUAUGCUACCUCAGGGCCGUGUGCUCCAAAGCCCGAAUAGCCUUGGCGACCGUUAUAGCCUACUUAUAUUCCUGAAGGGUUUGGUUGAGGGGCGAGACAUUAGACCAAUCAUUAAUACGACUCUGGAUAAAACCAUCGAUAUAUCAUCAGACUUCAACCUUGACGAAAAUGGGAAGGCGGUGGAAACGAGGUUGAGGGGCAACGAAGCCGCCGGGACUCUUCUGCUCGAAUUAGACGAGCUUAUCGAACUGGCGAGGAGAAACGCGAGUGUCGAGAACGAGACUCCAGUCAUCAAGGACCAAGCCAUGAAGGACCCGGUCGUCGAGAACGCAGAUGACUGGGUGAGAGGAGCGGUUGAGCUCCGAUAUCGAGAUAAACUACUGGACGGCGACUCAAAUCUCCAGGUGACGCUGCAACGAAGUCUGGAAUGGGCUGAUAGAUGGGCCGAGGUUCGCUUUCGAUUCCUCCAUCACUACCUGCGUGAUGACCCAACGUAUUACGGUGGUAUGGAUGAAGGAGGCAUGCGUAAAGCUGGACUUCGGGCGAACGCCAUUGUACACGAGAGCGGCGUUGAGAUUGAUUGCGAAUUAGCAGAAAGUAAAUGGUUUACGGACGAAUAUAGAGAGUUAUACCUGUAUGUGUAUGGUCUAACUACCAAAGAGGGUAGGCGACUAUUGUGCCUUUCUGGCUGGAUGGACCUUAAAGGGUCUCUGAGGAACUUAUUCCAAUGGGUUAUUAGUUAUAUCAAUCGUGUUGUUGACUGGCGUCAGGACGUGCUCAGGAAAGCCAUCCAAAAUGCCCUGUCAGUACAGCGCGGUGGCAAUCAAAUUCGAAACGUAAGAGGUGCUCAUAGACAGAACGAAGCGAUGCUACACAGCGUAAAUCAAUCGUACAAGGCUUUCAUCCUGUCAUUGCGAGCUAUCAUGAGCGAAGCAAACCUUGGGAAAACGUUGCGAACAUCGACCUUCAACACUUUCAACACCAGGAUUACCGAUCUGACACGUCUAAUUCGUGUUAAUCGCUUAAACGAUACACCUGGUCUUAAACACACUUGGUCUAGAGAUAUGCGCGCCUGGCCGGCAAAAUUCUCAGACUCCAUGGUAUUUCCCGCUAUACCAACUAGGCCAAAUAAUUCACUCAUUCCAGGUCGAUAGUAGGGUUAAUUUAUAUAUUUGUUCUUCUAUAAUUCGAGUUAGAUGUGUAUAAUAAUAGAGAGAGGUGAUUACCAAAUAAAUCCAAUGUUGACGGGAGAUUGGUGUUGCCUUUUAUAUUACGUGGAUUAUGAAAUCGUUAAUGCAUGGUAGGCAAUAAAAAUAACAUCAAGUAAUGUAAUAAUAGGCAACAAAUGCCGGCACUAGACAUCUAUAUAUGUAUU